CAGGUCCGCUCAGCUGCAGCAGUACAGACGAGAAACCAUGGAGCGCAACAAGACGCGUUGGAGAGACUCACCAAGCGGACGGGAAAAGUGCCAGUUUCAGAUCUGUUUAUAAGUCACUUUCAGCGACAGUAUGCAGAUUUCGGAGAACCUGCAGGUGGACAUUGAGUUUUUUUUUUUCCAAGCGUGCGUAAAUUGAGUUGAGAGGUCUGGGAAGGAGAAUAAUAUUGGAGAGACCAGCAGCUACCAAAGAACGGAGUUGUAAAAAAAACAAAAAACAAAAAGGAAAGCGCCCGAAGGGGAGACGAGCGCCUGGUGGAUAGAAAUGAUUUUUGUGUUAUUUUUUCACACACAUCUGGACAGUUUUUGGAAAAUGUGGUUGCUGUGCGCUGCGUAAAAUCUCCGACUUCUUUGCAUUUCUGAUGCCACGACAAGGAACAGUUACUUUUCUUUAAGGAAACUGAGAAACUGAGCAGAGCUGAGAUUUCUGUGAAGAAGGAGGCACUGAGGUUGAAGUGAGAGCCAGUCACUGAACAGUUAGGAACCAUGGUGAAGUUUCACAACUCAGACCUAUGGAUAGCCUGGAUGGUCAUUUUCUGCAUGGAGGGUUCAAGGUUUGAUCUACACACAGGGAAAGUGUGUGUGCGGGCGCUGGAUGUCACAGUGUCCCAAAGCAGCAUCCAGGUGGCCCGUGGCCAAGCAGCCAUCCUACCCUGCUCCUUCUCCACCAGCGCUGCCCUCAACAACCUCAACAUCAUCUGGAUGGUGAUACCGCUAUCCAACGCUAACCAGCCAGAGCAGGUGAUAAUUUACCAGGGCGGCCAGGUGUUCAGCCUCGCCAAUCAUCUCCAUGGUCGUGUGGGCUUCGUGGCCACCAUGCCAAGCACAAGUGCCUCCAUCUUUAUCAACAACACCCAGCUGUCCGACACUGGGACCUACCAGUGCCUGGUCAACAACCUCCCAGACAGAGGAGGGCGCAACAUCGGUGUCAUUGGGCUCACAGUGUUGGUGCCCCCCUCGGUGCCAGCAUGUCGAAUCCAGGGCACGCUGGAUGUAGGCAGUGAUGUCAUGCUGAUCUGCAGCUCAGAGGAAGGUAUUCCCACACCGUCCUACUCCUGGGAGAAGCUAGACGCGCUGCCCAAGCUGCCACACAACGCCAUGCAAGACCAGAUGCAGGGCACUGUCACACUGAGAAACAUCAGCACCAGCACCUCAGGACUCUACCAGUGUACCUCCAGCAACGCAAUUGGCAAAAGCACAUGUCUACUCAACCUACAGGUUGUAGCACCCCAGCCUCAGAGUGUGGGUCUGAUAGCAGGGACCAUCGCUACGGGAGUCCUGGCUGUCAUUAUCUGUUCACUGUUGGUGGCGGUCACACUCUUCUAUUGGAAGAACAAGAACAAAUACGACGAGGAGGAGAUUCCCAACGAGAUCAGAGAAGAUGAUCUUCCUCCCAAGAGGUCGUCAUCAGUGAAGGCUUUCCAUGCAGACGCCUCCUCCUCAGAGAACGACACUCUGACUUCCACCAACACAUACAACAGUCGCUACUGGCACAACCCCAAACCCAACUAUGACACCAACUCCUAUACGCGCUACAACGGAGACACCCGCCAGACCUUCGCUGCAGCUGCUGCGCACGGCGCUCAUGGACACGGACAGGCCCAGAACGCAGCACACGGCCACAGUACAGUAGUCACAGCCCCGGGCUCCACCCCGUUGUCCCGCCACGCGCCGCCGACGACGGCAACAACGACAUCAUUUGCCAAUGGCAGCCACACGCUCCCCCCACCCAAAACUCUGGUGGUCACCACAAACUCUGCCCCGUCCCCUCCCACCAUGGUGCGCAGCAAUGGCUCUGUGAGCCUCAAACCGGUGGUGACGUCCACACACGGGCAGCACACACACUCCUACGCUGUGAGUCAGGCCACACUGGAGCGGAUGGGGGCAGUGCCGGUCAUGGUGCCGGCACAGAACAGAGCAGGCUCGCUGGUCUGAAACCUGAUUUGAUGCACUGUUAGCUUUGAAAACGAGACUAAGUGAGUGUUUGGUGGUGAUGUUUGAAAUCCGCUGAUGAAAAACUGACCGGAUAUGGGCUGAAGCAGCCCACUGCCCUUUACAAUUGUGUCUUUCUGUAUGUCUCGACCUUUUUAUCUCAAAACAAGCUGGGAUUUUACAGUGCGGAGUUCAUUUAAUGCCAAUUCCUUGAUGGACAGGACCCUCUAUUUUGUAGGUAAGCACUACAUGGAAUCUAAUCAUCCCCUUAUUGGAUGGAUUUCCUGGUGGGUGCAGUGGGAACUUGGAUCAUUUCACAAAGCUGGAGUGAAACAUCCUGCAAAACCUGGAUUCCCAGGUUUUUUUCAGGGCUGGAUCAUUGUGAUAAUUUAGUUGAUUUAUUUUUUUUUUUUUUGUUUCGUUUUGGAUCUUUUUUGAUGGACUCAAAGCAACACAAGGCAUUGUCAUCUCAGUGUGUCCAUACUGCAUGGUCAGACAGACAGACGCGAGCUUGGAUCCCCACAUAAGUGCAUGUGUCCCUUGAUUUAGGAUAACAAAUUAAGUCCGUUUUGUUUUCUAAUCAUUUCUUCUCACGGUUGUGAUUUCUGAUUGACAGCAAUGUCAGAGAAGAUGGGGAUUAUACAGUGAAAACAGUGAAUGUUCACGUCUGCUGGGAGAAAGGAGGAACAUAAAAGAAUGAGACAAUGGUGGUAGAAAUGGCCUUAGAAGCUUAGAGGAGGGAUGGUGUUUUUUGGGUGCAAUACAUUGCAUAAUAUACUUUACUACACUGAAUGCAAACAUCUUAAUUAUGUUUUUGCACUUUUCGGAGUAAUUUUAUAUCAAAACUGCUGUCUUAUGAACAAUAACUCAGUCUUACUAAUAAUGCGCUUUAUACACAAAACAUAAAUCUAAACUUUUCUACACAUAGAAGAUACUGGUGAUAUAUGAAGAUGGUGCAAGUGCUGGAUUUUCAGAUUUCAACUUGAACCUGUGGAUGGAUUUUGUCAUAGUCUUUGCUGUCUUCAUCCUUGCUGUUGUCCCAGUCUGGUUCAUGUCACAUCAGUGCUGCUUUGAGGGUAAGACAAUGUCUUAUUUCGUAAAUGCUUUAUGAAGAGACAAGAGAAAUAUAUAUUUAAAGGUGAUUUUCCCCCCUCCAUAAAGGCUAACACCUACUGUUUUCUACUGUACAUAUUGCAACAGUAGGCUAGGUUGUGAAUCAAAGAAAAUACAUUACACGUCUAAUACAUAUUUUACAACUCAUGUGUCUUAAUUUUAAAACAGUUUUCUUUUGUUACAUUUAGACAACAAGCUGGGUUUGAUAGACAGUGUUACUGAUUCAAUGAAGGGAUGAUUUUUUUUUAUAUAUACAUUUUCAUUUUCUACUGAGUAUUGUCAUUUCAUUACAAGGACUGAGGUAAAUACAAUGUGGUUUAACAUUAAUGGCCAUAUGUUUUACUAUAAAUAACACCUCUGCUGUAUAUGGUAGAAAAUAUCACUGUGUUUCUGACCUAUGUAUUUGUAUUUUAACCAAAUCUCAACAGUCUGAACUGUUAGUGUUCCUAAAUCUAGCAAUCCUAAUUUCUUUUUGUGCCUGAAUGCACAAUAAUUUCUAAUAGUUUCUCCUAGCUUUGAUGCAAUAUUUGACAGCAAUUAUUUGUGUGACAUACAGUAUUGGAAAAUAUGUGUUUUGGGUCUUUUUUUGCUUUCCACAAAUUUCUCUUUGUGUCUGUUGGAAAGGUUUAAAAUAAAUGUACCAUUUCAAUUUAAAGUCUUACUGGGGCAAAACUUCCCUAAAGGUCUUCCAAUUUUAACAAAUACAGUCUCACAAUUUAUUAUUGUAAACUUUUUUUCUCUUCAAUUACUCUUUUAUUUAGAUGACUUUCCCGAUUUAAUCAUUGUUUGAGGUUUAUCAAAUUACUAUUUUCAUUCCAUCUACAAGUAAUGAAUGUUAUUAAAGUCAAUGGAGGUCAAGUGUAUAUACAUAUAUAAUUUAUAUACAGACUGGUGACAAAGGAAAAAGCUGAAUAAAUGAGUGAGGAAGCAGAAUGACAGAAGAUGCUUCCACACUGGUGCGUUGCAUAGUACAGUUAAGAAAGUGACCUCCAGUCAAGCUCUUUGGCAUUGGUGAAAAUGCUGAGCAGCCUCAGUUGAUUCUGACUUUGCAUUGAAAUGGGAAGAAGAAAAGGCCUCAGUGAUUUUGAGGCACAGAUGGUAGGAGCUUCAGUCACAACAGAUUAAUAAACAGAAACAGUGACGAAAGUGACGCCUGCAUUUAUGUUUGGGAAAGAUAGCUACAAAUAGGAUUGGAAACUGUGUUUGACCAUUCACAUUUGAUGAUAAUGCUAGUGUCUUAGUGUGAAAUGUGAGGUAAAAUAGAAGUGUAACUCUUCCUUAACUGUUCCUGCGGUGCAUAAAACCCUCGUUAAAAAGAUGAUGGCACAAAUUAAAGGUUAGUUGUGAAGAAACCAGAGGCACUGGUUUACAGAUAUGUGGACAGAAGUGAGAUGUUUGCAAACGGUGUUGUAGUCCAGGAGAGCAGUACAGGCCUGGUUGCUUAAACCCUGCAGAGAGGGGAUCCAGUGGUCGCUUUUAGAUGAAAGGCUCACUGCAAAUCAAUACACAGUUGUUAUCAGGGAUCGAGUUUAUCCUGUGAUUUGAACAUUUCUAUUCUGAUAGUAGUGGUCUCUUCCAGGAUGACAAUACCUCCAUCCAUAGGAUAUGAAGAGUCACUGAAUGUUCUGAUGAGUAUGAAAAUCAUGUAAAUCAGAAGAUUCUGUGGUCUUCACAGUCACCAGAUCUCCACGCAGCUGAACACAUAUGGAAGAUUUUGGGUCAUUAAUUUAGACAGUGCUCUUUACCGUCAUCAUCAAAACACCAAAUAAUUGAAUAUCUUUUGGAUGAAUUGUGUUAAAUCCCUUAUGGAGAGUUCCAGAGACUUGGAGAAUCAAUGUUUUAGCAUAUAGAAAUUGUUCUGGUGGCCAAACACUUUACAAUUUCUUUUGGUCUUUCCUUUCACUUGUCACCAGUUUGUAUGUAAGGGUUGGCAUUUAAUUUAAAGUUAUUGGCUUAAUAUUUUAGACAUGAUAGUAAGCAGCAUUUUAUAUAAUUCCACCAAAUAUUUCGAUCAUGAUGGCAGUAAAUAAUAACCAAGAUGAUAUAUUUCUGCAUUAUUGCUGUCCUGACAAUAAUUUGCAUAUUUAUGGAAUAAAUCCCUAAUAUAUACCAAAUGAGUACCAGUCAACACCAGUUUUCUACCACAGUUUGUUGUCAGUGAUGUAGGUCUACAGUGUGCACAGACCUGGAUCAAUCAGGAACCCUGAAUUCCCAGUUUUUGCCUUGAGGUCAUCACCAGAAUGGCUUCUAGUUUACAGUUUUCAUUUUACUUAUUUAUUCUAUACUCAAUCACAUUGUAUCAGUCCGGAUGAAUCACAAACACCCUUGUUCUUCUGUACGUUUGACCCAGGUCUGAUUACAGCUACACACCCGAUCAGUGUUGGUAAAAACACGUGUUUCCAUUUCUUUCUUUCUUUUCUUUUUCCUCUCAGUGUUGUCUACUGUGAGGGAGAGCUACGGUACAUUCACAGAUUUAUUUAGAAGUACAGAGAGGCUGAAAGAGGUCAAAUGUCACAAGAUCAGUUACCUCUUUCCUUCCUUUUUGUCUGACAGUGUUUUCAGAAUAAAGUCUUCUGUCUGUGUGUGAUUUCACUCACCAUCUCUCCCAGUGUCCCUGCCUUGAACACUGGCUGACAGCAUUAAAAAGGAACUCGUCUUCUAAGGCCCCUGGCUUUAUUCUUACCAGAGAGAGUGGCAAGUCUGAAAAGCUACACUGAGAUUAUUUUACUCAUUCUCUGCCCUCUGUUUGCAGGAGAAACGGAGGAACGAGAGCACAAUCAGUAGAAAUCUACUGAAGUUUUAACCCAAAUUAAAUAAGCAUACAUCUUCUACCCUGGCCAUAGGUCGGUAUAUGGUACACAAGGUGGUGUGUGGGUUGUGUAUAUAGACAGAUGUGAUAUAAUGCCGAUAGUAAAACCAAUGUGUAAAUAUGUAAAGAAAAAAAUUAAAAUCAAAAAACAUACAUCUUGUUCUUACCGUUGGGUUGGAAAUGAAAUAGGAAAAAUAACACUGGACUUGUAGUGAAUAAAUAUUGUUAAUACAUUCUAA